AUGCUGCCCGCGCACCUACUCCUCGCCGCCGUCUGCCUGCAGGGCAGCCUGGCGCAGGCRCCGCGGACGGGGCCGCUCCUCGAGCGCCUCCGGAGACUCGAGGAGCAGUUUCGCCGCUUUCGGGAGGUGACGCUGACCCAGCUCCAGGCCAUCGCCAGCAACUACAACAUCUCGUACAACAUCGACGCGCGGUUCCGGGCRCUGGCGGCGCAGGACGAGGUGGCGGCCGCGGCCCUGCGUGACACCCGGGCCACCCUGCGUGCCGAGCUGGCCCGUGUGGCCGCCGCCGCCGCACGGCUCCGCAGGAAGGUGUGGCGGCUGGAAGGGCAAGCGGCCGCGCGGGGCGAGCGGCAGGAGCUGUGCRAGGGGCUCGGCAAUGUCACGCGGCRGCCGGCGGGCUCGGACACGGGCUSGGACACGGGCUCRCGGCAGCGCCUGCAGGAGGGCGCCCGCCCCGGUGCCCUGGCACGGGCGCCCCAGCGGCAGGCUGCCCCGCGGGAGCUCCCCGAUCCGCCCGCGGAGCGGCGGGCAGCAGGCAGGCCACCCAAGGCCAAGAAGCUGCAGGCCUGGCGCAGGCGGCGGGGGAGGCUGCGGGAGAAGGCCGGGGAUGCUGCAGAGCUCCAGGAGGCUGCUGUCCACCUUCGAGAUGUGGCACCGGGGCCACCGUCCUCCGGACAGAUGCUCCCCAGCGAGGCCGGGAUCCGCCAGGAGSAGCUGCCAGGAACAAUUUGCGGCGUGGGCUCCGUGCUGCUCUUCCCCAACCGCUCCGUGGAGAACGUGGCCGUGUUUGGCGCAGGGCUGCGCGCGGGGCUGCGGGCGCUGUCGCUGUGYGCCUGGGUCAGCACCCCGGCCCCCUACCUCGGCACCCUGCUCUCCUACGCCACCCAGGACAACGACAACAAGCUGGUGCUGCACGGCUGGGACAGGGGCGUCCCCGGCUCCGUGCACUUCGUCAUUGGCGACCCGGAGUUUCGGGAGCUGCCGGUGACACGGCUGCUGGACGGCAAGUGGCACCAUCUCUGCCUCACCUGGUCGUCCGAGCAGGGCAAGUUCCGCUUCUACGUGGACAGGAGGCUGCUGGCCGCCGGCUCCGGCUUCCAGCAGGGCUACGAAAUUCCCGCCGGCGGCUCCCUGCUGCUGGGCCAGGAGCAGGAUGAGCCUGGCGGGGACUUUGACCCUUCGGAAGCCUUCGUGGGCCGGCUGGCCGGCCUGGCUCUCUGGAGCCGGGCUCUGCUGCCCGGGGAGGUGGCCGCCUUGGCCACCGGGCAGGCGCUGCCGCCCGGCGCGCUGCUCACGCUGGCCGAUGCCUCCCCGCGGGGCUGGGUGCGCAGGGCCGAGUGCGCCUGUCUCGAGCGCUGCUCCUGA